AUGGCCGCCACCUUCGAAUUCAUGGAUGUCGUCAAAGGCACAACCACUGCACUGGCCAAAACUGUUCGGAAUGAUGCCGGUGAGGAGGUGCCGAAUCCUCUCUAUUCGGCAUGGUUUCUCCAGGAACAAAAGUUGUUGGGAGUUUUGUACGCCACGCUUAAGCCGGAAGCGAUGGCGGAGGUCUUGGAUUGCCGCUCCUUCCGAUCGGCCUGGCUUGCUCUAGAAUCAGCAUUCGCUUCAAGGCGAUCUGUGAUCAACUCUCUGCGCCAACGUCCGCUUGAUGAAGGAGAGAAAAGACACUGGUUUCUUCAUGGCCUUGGACACGUCUUCUUCAACUUCGCUGAUACGCGAAUGUCCAUGAAUCCUAUCCCUCCUUUUCGUGAUUUGUUGCACCAAGAAAUGCAGUUUGAACUUAUGCAAAAAUCCAUGGAGGGAGCAAAUGCGCCGUCUGUUGCCUUCGCUGCCUCUUAUGAGCCGUCUGGAGGCCAUGGUUCGAACCAGCCUAGGCAUCGUGAUCACUGGCCUCGCUACCUGGAGUUGCAGCGUGCAGCCUCCCGACCAGUCGGAUACAACAACCAAACUGAGGCGGCGCACCUCGCUUAA